AUGGUCUACGGCUACCCCCACGUCGAACCGCAAAACGGGGCGCCGCCACCAGCGCCGGGAGCACCCCCUCCGGCGCCGUCAGUGCCGGGAGCUCCGGCAGCACCGCUGUCGACAGCGCCGCCGCCGGCCGCCCUCGUCAACCCGCAGGAGGUGGGCGACAUGCCCCUGCUGAACUACGACAUUUUGCUGUGGCUCUUUGACCUGACGUGGCUGCUGAACGACCCGGGGGUGCCCAAGUUGCUCGACGGGUACGAGCCGAUGUCGGCGCUGCCCGCCUCCGGGGCGAUGCCCGGUUUUGCUGCCGGCGCUCCCGGCGCUCCCGGCACCCCCGUCGGCGCCGCCAACAACUCGCAAAUCGCCACUAACAGCGCCACCAUGGUGCCGCCACUGACAAACCCGCAACUGCGGGCGCCGUCGACGCAGCCGCGGUCGCGGUUCGCCCUGUUGCUGGCGCCCAAGGACGUAUUUGUCUACCCUAACCCCCUAGACGACAUGCUGCUGCUGAACGCGCCGGCGCCGCUGCAGACGAACCUGCUGCUGCUGCCCCAGGAUCUGCGGGAGCUGCCGCUGCUGGGGCACACCCCCAAGCGCCACUUGAUGGACCACGAGCCGAUGGCGGCUGUCUUACACCGCCACGCCACCGAGCUCAAUAUUCCCAGCAACAAGGCGUGGUACGUCAACGACGAGAUGGUCGACGCCAUGCAGAAGUCGUUGCUGCCGCUCUCGAUCAACCGCCACGAGGCGGCAGCGUUAUUUCCGGACUCGCAGGUGAAGUUUAAGGACCGGCUACUGUACUACUUGUGGGUGUACUGGCAGUAUUUCCAUAAGCAGUUCCCGAUAUUGCACCAGCCGCUGUUUGACGCCCAGCAGCUGGAGAUGCUCUUGGUGGUGGCGAUGAUCAUGGCCGGGUGCCACAUCGGCAACCCGUUCGCCCUGGAGCGAGCCGCCCGCAAACACCGCAAGUCGCAGGAGUUUGAGCUCGCCAUGGAGGUGGCGAAGCCGUUGCGGAUGCAGUUGUUCCUCCACCCGGACUUCUCGCUGCCGACGAAGUUGUGGGUGCUCCAGACGCUCGCGCUCCUCGAGUUUUGCGAGAAGAACUGCUUGACGAAAGAGAUGCACGAGCGCGCCCGCAUCCACCACCACACCACCGCCCAGAUCUUGAAACGGUCGCCCCGUUAUGGUGGUGGCCCCAUCGGCACCAUGCGCGCCCUGCGCACGCUGGGCCAGCUGCUGCUGGCGCUGACCGACGAGCUGCUGGACCAAGAGCAGGCGGGGUCGGUGCGCAAGGACGAGCUCUUCGCCCAGUGGGUCCAGCUGGAGCUGAUGAAGCGCGUCACCUACAUGAUGUUCUACAUCGACACCGCCGACUUGCUUAAGUUCCGCCACGACACCGCCAUCCAGUUCGGCCAGCUCCAGGCGAUGAAGCUCCCCUGCGACCCCGAAGUAUGGGAGCACGACGUCGCCGGGCUGUUUGCCAAGGUCGUCAAGCGGCAGCGGAAACGCCUGCGGGGCGACGAGCUGUUUUUGCUGGCGCUCAAGCGGUUGUUGCGCCCGGGCCUCCCUCACCAGCAGCCGCAGCCGCAGCGCAGCGUUGACGCGUGCACCCGUAAAGUGUUGUUUGCCGGCCUCGUGCUGUUGAUGAACCAGAUGCAGCUCAUGGACGAGCAGAACCAGCUGUUGAACCUGAUGGACUUUAUAGUCCACUACACCAGCUGGCGCGACACGGUGUGCCGGGCGUUCGACCGGUGGUACUGUCUCCCGCCGGUGACGAAGCUGUUCACCUACCACUUGUCCCAGAUUGUUGGGUUGACCGAGAUCGACCAGUACGAGAUCGCCGUGUUCUGCGGCAGCGCCGACCACCACCUGAUGGUGUCGCUGCAGAAGGAGUUCUUCCUCAUCCAGCGCAAGUUGACGGCGAUGUGGCUGAAGCCGUUGCCGCGGCCGAUCUCGCGGGCUUCUUUGGUGGAUAAGCUCAACCACCGCGGCAUCGUCCACUGCUGGUGGCUCUUGCGCCAGUUGUUCGAAGGCCACCAGCCCCAAGUGAUCACGUGGAACCUCAUCGACGUCGAGCUGAUGUACGCGGUGCUGGUGGCGGUGCUCACCCUCUGGAGCUGGGCCUACUGCACCAAGGGCCCCGAGCUGCACCGCUACGACGACUUCGACCGCCAGUUCAUCACCCAGGUCAACUCGUGCGACGACGACACUCUCGAGGAACUUGAGGCAUUGGGCAAGGAGCUGGCGACGGCGUUCAUCACCCGCCUCGGCGACCAGUUUGCCGACCUCCUCCGCCGCGAAAACGCCGCCGACUACGAGAUCACCGUCCCCUACGAAAACAACCAGGUGCUGCUCCACGACAAGCUCGACAAGUACGCCGAGCUCCUCCCCCAAUUGACCGAUCACCACCAUGUGGCGGGGCUCUGCUUCUUGGUGGGGACGAAGCUUCUAGGCCUGCAGUGGGACAUUGUCCGCGAAAACGCCAAGUUGAUCAUCCACUGCGGUUUGCGCCUGAUCGGGAAAAAGGAGAUGGUGUGUGACAGUUUGUACGACUGCGAGCUCUGA